GAAAGAGAAGCAUCAUUCACCAUGUUCUCGAAGGUUCUCGUGUGCUGCCUUUUCGCCUACGUGGCUUGCGGCGUUGUUGUCGAAAAUGUGCACGUGCCCCAGCCGUACAGCUUCGGCUACGACAACGUCGACGAGUUCGGCACCCGUCUGACCCGUCAGGAGACUGGUGACGAGUUCAACAACAAGGUCGGCUCCUACGGCUAUGUGGACGCUCACGGCGUUGCCCGUACUGUCAACUACGUUGCCGACGCCCUUGGUUUCCGCGCUACCGUUCAGACUAACGAGCCAGGCACCAAGACCUCCGCCCCAGCUGAUGCCCCGACGUACUCUUCCUCUGUCGAGGUUGCCGCUCCAGUUGUCGUGAAGGCUGUCCACCCAGCCCCAGUUGUCGUCAAGACUGUCCACCCAGCCCCAGUUGUCGUCAAGGCUGUCCACCCAGCCCCAGUUGUCGUCAAGGCUGUCCACCCAGCGCCAGUUGUCGUCAAAGCUGUCCACCCAGCCCCAGUCGCCUACACCCACAGGGUUGCUCCUCUUGCUUACAGCACCGUUGCUCACGCUAAUCUUGGCUACACCCUUGGCCACACCACGGUCGUCUAAAUAGCACCUAAGAAGCAAAUAUAAAAAUAAAACUAUAUCCUGAAUUAUUAA